UCUUCUUGAUUUGGUGUUCACUCUAUACACAUAUGAAUAUGUGAGUUAUAAUCUGAAAGUAUAUUCUUAACUUCUUUAUAUUUUAGGGAUUUACGAAGGAGAUUUAUUUGGAGAAGGAACGUUGGCAGGGGUACAUUAAGGAUUAUGAUGGGGGGAUCCUUAUGGAAUGCAAAAUUGAUCCAAAGCUUCCGUAUACUAAUUUAUCAACCAUGAUACGCCGUCAGAGACAGUAUUUGUUGAUGCUAGGCAAUUGAUGAAAAGAUACGAGAACUUUCAAAUUGUCAUAUUAUCUACCAAGGAAUGGAUUUUCAGAAGAAGGAAGCAGGUAUCCCCAGGAAAGCCUUUAAGGUUGAGGACAUAGCUGGUUUAAGAGAGGCUGGGUGGACCAGUGAUCAAUAUGGUUAUUCGCGAUUUAAAGCAAUGAACUUGUCUGAUCAGAAGUUAUUGGCAACAUUCAUGCGCUCACUUGUAAAGGCUAUGCAAGAUCAUCCUGAUGCCUGGCCAUUCAAGGAUCCAGUCGAUGCACGGGAAGUCCCUGAUUAUUACGAUAUCAUCAAAGAUCCGAUGGAUUUGAAAAUGUUGUCGAAGCGGGUAGAGUCAGAGCUAUACUAUGUCACACUUGACAUGUUCGUUGCGGAUGUCAGGAGGAUGUUCACCAAUGCUCGCACCUACAAUUCCCCAGAAACCAUUUAUUAUAAAUGUGCAACCAGGCUGGAAUCACAUUUCUCUAACAAAGUCCAAGCUGGCCUCCAGUCUGGUGUUAAAAUUCAAUAGCAAGGUACUCUAAGAGCAGGGAGACUAUAAGUUGACAUACUUAUUGAUUAAAGUUGCGCGGACUAUGACUUUACUGAUGUUAUGAUAAUGUUUGGGUUUUAUUUAUCACCAGCUGUAAGCCUGUAAUGUAGAAAGGUCAGCAUGAAGUUUACUCUGUAUAUUUUGUACUCUUAAGUCUAAAUAAACACGAUUAUAUUACAACUCUGAUUGGGUAUGGAUGGUUCCAAAUGCAGCUAUGUAUUCGAACGUUAUGUUUAUUCAAAGGGAUGUUCACGUUUCCUUCUACUUUUAUCUUUU